UAUUGAUCUAUUUGGCUGUGUCAGGUUCCAGUCGCAGCAUGUGAGAUCUCGUUGCCUCAUGUGGGAUCUUUCACUGCAGACCCUAGUUGUGGUGGGCAGGCUCCAGGGAGCGCGAGCUUCAGUAGUCACAGCACACGGGUUUAAAUUGCCCCUUGGCACGUGGGAUCUUAGUUCCCUGACCAGGGAUGGAAUCCACGUUGCCUGCAUCGGAAGGUGGAUUCUUAAGCACUGGACUGCCAGGGAAGCCCUGCAACAGACUUCUAUAUGAGAGAAAAGUUGAAUUGCCACUGUAAUCCAGACCAACUUUCAGGCACGUUACUUAAUGAGUGAAGAAAAGCUGUAAGUGUGUGCACGAGGAUCUCCAUUGCAUAAAAGUCAAAAGGAGACAGAUGACGGCGUGGCAGCCACUCCAGUACUCUUGUCUGUGAAAUCCCAUGGACAGCAGGGCCUGGCAGGUUAUGGUCCAUCAGGUCGCAAAGAGUCAGACAUGACUGAAGCGACUUCACACGGGCAAAAAGGGACAAAACGCGUUACUUGGGGAGGCAGAACUUUGCCGAAUCUUAGGACUAGAGGAUGGAAAGCUCCCACAUGACCUCCUGGUCCUCACACACGGGGGAGGGGGCGGGGGCUGUGUCAGAGGGAAGCUCAGGGGUUGCUGGAAUGAGGUCCUGUCCCUUCUGACACACGGGUACUGACUCCUGUCUGCGGCUCCUUACUGAUGAGCCGUCCCUUUGCUCCAUCACCCUCCCUAGGUUCUCACCCCUGAGUGAGGCGGGGCUGAAGCAGGCUGGGGAAAGCCAACCCCUGCGUAGGGGCCGAUUCACAGCAAAGUGGCUGUCCAGCAGUCACAGCAAACACUCCACACACUCUCAGUGUGUUUCCACACACCAUGGCCUCGGCUGCCCGAUUGGCAUCACUGAGUCCAGCCAGACAAUGAGCUGCUGCCCAGGGGGAAAUGGGGCCUCGGAUGACAUGCAGUACAGCAGAGCAGGUGACGACUCAGGCCGGGGAAGGAGGGGCGCGCCGAGCUCCAGCAGCACCAGGCACCCUGAGCCUCCCGAAUAGGACAGCCGCCCCAGUCCCUGAAGCACGGGCACAGCCAGUGCCCCAACAGAAAGUGUCACUGGAGGUGGCGCAGACAGGGCAGGGCCCCCGAGCCCACUCCCCCGCUCUCUGCUUCUGUCCUCAGGCUGGACAGGGGCCCGCGUCCCCCACCACCACCACAGAUCCCAUCAAACUCUGUCCCCUAGAAGUACUGUAGGGACCAGGACCGGAUCGUGUUGCUGAGUUUCCCAGGAUCCCUGGGGAAAUAUCCCACGGCAAUGUGUGAUCUCCUCCAGACACCAAAGAGACCUGCAGUUGUGUGACAUUUUCAAGGCAGGGGACAAUCUGGUCCCCCUCAUAAGCUUCAGGAAGACGUGACUACCAUCACCCAUGUGUUCACUUGAGGAAGCUGAGGUUCGGAGAACAGGCAGCAGGCUCAGAGCUACAGAGCGGGGCAGGUCCAGGAAUGAGCCCAGUCUGCUGACCUCAGAGCCCUGUCUUGCCAGCACAAUACUCUUCCACCUUGCACUAGUGUCCAAAGGCCAGGGGGACAUUGCCACAAUCUGGGAGGAUUAGGACAACAGGCGUGUAUUUGAUCACAGUUCAGGAGAAGCCCAGCAUUAGGGUGUCCCUUGGCGGUUCUAGGGACAAUCCUGACUGCCUCUUUCCAGGGUCUGUUGGCCAAGGCACCCCCUGGUUUGGGGCAGAACCUCUCCUCAUUCUCCUCCACUCCACGUGGCUGCAGCUCCUGGUGCCUCUCUGAUGUCUUCAGCAUGCCUCUCCAUGUUCCUCUUCAAUUAAUCCAACUGGAGCACCUAAAAUAUUACACGAGGACCCUCCCCCUGCAGUACGAUCUCUACGCGAUGACACUGCAAAGACCCCAUUUCCCAAAAGUCACGUCCCCAGGAAGUGAGGCUGCCAGGUUCAACAUACUCAUUUAGGUGAAAAUUAACAGCCUCCAAAAGAGAAAUAUACACAGGAAUGACUUUAUCGAAGGAGGUGCAAUAAUUACACACUAGUUUUUUCAUCUCAUGAGGAACAUCUGAAAAGAGCUGGAUUAAUGAGAAGACACUCCAGGAUGGUAGGGUGGAAGAUUAAUGUUGUAAAGAGGACAAUACUCUCAAGGCAUCCUGCAGAAUUAACUCAAUCCCUAUCUGAAUCCCAAAGGGCAUCUUUGCAGAAAAAAGGAAGUCAUUUCUCUGAAGUCAAGCCAAGCAACCUUGAAAAGUAAGAACAAAGUUGGAAACUGCACCCUUUGUGAUUUCAACACUUACUACAAAGUUCCAGGAAUCAAAACAGAGUGGUGCUGGCUUGAGAAGAGACAUACUGAUGCUUGGAAUGCCAACAUAUAAACCUAUACACAUGAUCAGUUGAUUUCUGACAAGACUUCUUCUAAGCCCUGAUAAUGACAAGCAAGUCUUCCUGACUCAUCCCAUUUAACUGUGCAUAUAUUUUGCUGUAGGAUUUGUGGAUGGCUUACGUGAGAAAACCCCAUAAACCUCCUAGAUACUGAUCCGCUCAUCACCUACUGGUCGACUUGACACUGGCGCUGUAUGUUUAUUACCAUCACCAUCCUCCCAAAGUCCAGUCCCUACAGGAUGGUGACCGGCUCAGUAACAGCUGUGUGUUCACACCUUCCGUCCCUGAAAAUGAGCCUACUGCCUCAGGGAUACAAUCCUGGCACACUUGCAGGGAGCAUGAGCCCCUGUGUGACCAGGGCACAGCAUCUGGAUGACUCUAGUUCUUAGGAAAACCCACUCCCCCUUCCCGGCCCCUCGCCACUCCUGUGCUCCCGCUAGCAGUCUGGGUCUCUCCUCCAGGAAGCCCCCACUCGCCAUCACUAGCUUCCUGGACCUCCACCAGUUACUGGGUCUCGCUGCCCUCUGUGGUUCCCCUUCUCUACAACUGACUGAAACCAGAGCCACCGUAUUCACUGUCUAAAUGUGCACCCUGUCGGUUAUCAUCAUCAGAACCCCCCCGAGUCCAGGGAAGGAACUGGUCACUUUCACCAAAGAAUCUCAUGUCUGGAUAUAGUAACUGCUCAGUAAACACUGGCUGACGGCCUGGAUGGUGGAAGGAAGGAAGACAGGAAGGGAGGGAGGGAGGAACUUUGCAUUUUCAGAGUCUCAGAAAAGGGAAGUGACUCAAGGUCACACCGUUUCCAUGAAAAGCAGAAUCAGAAUUGGAACCAAGCAGCACCUAGAACGUGUCUCUCCUUCCACCGUGCUUGGACAGAACAGGCCCAGGGAUGCCCCUUCCUUCAGCCUCCGACCACCCUCCAACCAUUUUUCCAGUGGCAACCUUGGAACCAACCAGAUGUCCUCGGCUCCCAGGACCAGCCAACCCCAUUUGCAGAGCUCGGCUCCUUGUCGCUGACCACCCGUGAGCUCCCAGUAUCUUGAGACUUACUCCUGGCCGCCCGAUCCACAUGCAGCCUCCGCCUCCCACCCCGACCUCUCUCUGGGCUUCUCCAUCCACUAGGACCAGGCGGCUCUGGAGGGCGGGCCAUCUCCCGGUGGACGGGGAGGAACGGGGAGCCAGGGCGGGGGAGCACCAAGCUCCAUGAAACUGCCGAGCCAGCACUUCCAGGAUGUCCGUCCAGGGCAGGACGAGGGGGUCAGACCCCAAACGCUGUGGGGCUGCCCUGCUCACAAAGAACCCGAGACAGGCCUUCAUGGACCCGCAGGCCCCGGGUCCUCCCCAUCCGACUCCAGCUCUGUGACUUCCUGCAGCCAUGUCCUGGACAAGUGGGUGAAAUUCAUCACGAUGGUGGGUGCCUACCUGACCAGCGCUGCAGGCCAGCUGGUCCCCACUGGGGCUGGAUGGCUUUCUCCUGCAAAGUUUCAGCCUCCAAAGCGCCGCUAGGAGCCUCUGGAGCCCAUCGGCUUAUGAGGAGCCCCUUUGGGGUCAGAGCGUCCUCCGGGAAGCUUCUCUUUGCAACCAAGAGGCAGCUUGUUAACCACUAUGGAGCCAUCUUCCAAGCCUUGGACCAAAUGGAAACAAUAAAGCCUUUUCAAAAAAAAAAAAAAAAUGCAACCAAUGUUGAGCUAGGCCCCACCCUGCAUCUCAGCCUCCUGUCUAGGGACCAUGUUACUCUCUGGGUUUUGGGGUGGGGUCUGGUGAGACUCCCAUGUGCUCUGGAAGGCUCCUGAGCCUGCUGUCUGCUGGGCUCCACUGGGCAGGGCGAGCAGAGUGAGCAGGGUGGGGCUCUUCCUCUUUCUGGAAGGAACCCAAGACGCGCCACCAAGCCUGGACCUUCACGCCCAGUGCGUCUGUCUGUCCUGCGGGCUCUGAGGUCUCUGUAAGUCACCUGUUCCACUGGGGACCAUGAGAGGCAGUGCCACGACCCUCACCUUCACCACCCUUCUCUGCCUUGGGAUGUGCUGGGGCCUGGGGGACCAGGGACAACCAGAGGUUCUCCCCAAACCCUCCAUCUGGGCUGACCCAGGCACCCUGGUCACCCAGGGGAGCCCAGUGACCAUUUGGUGUCAGGGGUCUCUGCUGGCUGAUGUCUACCAUCUGCAUAGAGAGAGGGGCUCUGUAUACUGGGAGGCUAAGGCCCCUCAGGGCUCCAGGAACAAGGCCUGGUUCCACUUUGAAUACGCGAGCUCAAGUGAUGCUGGGCAGUAUCAGUGUGCAUAUCAGAGCAGAAACUGCUUGUCAGAGCACAGUGAUCCCCUGCCCCUGGUGAUAACAGGAAUGCACAGGAAACCCUCCCUCUCUGCCCGCCCGGGGGCCUCAGUGCCCCAGGGAGAGGACGUGACCCUGCAGUGUCACUCUGAGGUCCAGUCAGACACCUUCCAUCUGUCCAAGGAGGGGUCGCUCACUGCUCCCCAGCACCUUCAUCUGCAGAACCCGGCUCCACCCAUUCAGGCCAACUUCACCCUGCGUGCUGUGACCUCGGCCCACAGUGGGACCUACAGGUGCUACAGCUCACACAGCACCGCCCCCCACCUGCUGUCAAUCCCCAGCGACCCCCUGGAGCUCCAGGUCUCAGGAGCCCCUGACAGUAUCAGCCCACCACAAAACAAGUCAGACUCCAAGAGUGACUACACGGUGCAGAAUCUCAUCCGGAUGGGCCUCGCGGCCUUGGUCCUGCUGCUCCCAGGGGUCCUGCUCUGCCAGGCUUGGCACGACUGCAGAGGAGCCAGAGACGUGGCCCAGAGCUGAGCACGGGGGCCCCACACCGCCCGGAGUGCCGGAGCCCAGGACACAAGCUUCCGGCCCGGGAGCUUCUGGAAGAGCCUCUGCGGCGUGUGCUGCGUGCACUGUCUGCAGAGACCCCAGGGGAGGGAUGCGCUGCUGGGCGGGAGGAGGCCCGGGUGUCCCCGGGGGGCUCGGCCUCUGUUCACGGGGGCCCACUCCCUCCUGGGGAGGACGCCCCGACUCCCGGCUCCUCUCACCACCAGCCGGAGGUGCAUCCCACAUGGCAGGGGCGGGUCUUCAUGCUGCACGCCUGCAGGCUCUGUCCACUCUCAUGGAGGACGUGAGCCUCAUUGUUAAUGCCCGCCGUCUCUGGUGUGCGCAAUGACCUCCAUCCCUUCUCAGAAACAGAACGUCGUUUAAGUAACUGAAUAAAUGGGUGGAAGUGGGGCCCCGUUUGGAACAGAUAGAUACUAAACUCUUCCCUGAAUCCCCCUCUGAACCCCUCAAGCCCCUCUCUCCUCGUCAGAUGGCACCUGGUGUUGUUUCUGCAGACACCAUCAGUGUGAACAAACACGUUGUCGUUUGAAGUGAGUCAGGUGUUGUGCUGGUAAAUGGUGUUAGCAAUAUAUCCACUUUGUAAAAAGCCCAGAUUUGUGGUUUUUGUCUGUUUCUUCAGUGUAAACACUCUCUUUGUGGCCAACCUCAAGGUGCUCAGGUGAAUGUGCUGAAGGCAGGCUGGGAAGUAAGGAGCAGACUGACUUUCCCCAAGAAGCGAGUCUGAUCCAGUC